UCGAUUCGCUAUGAAAAGCUUUUCCAUAUUAAUAUGCGUCUUUGUGUUGUAUGGACUUGUCAUCUGCGAUGAUCAGUCCUCGGAGGACUACGAAUCUGAUGAGCUGAAUGAGGGAUAUAUCAAAGCUCGUACGCGAAACACUGUGAGGUCACUUGGACGUGGACGUGGACCAAUGGAUCCUCCGGAGAGUUAUUGUUGUUUUUGGAUAAAUCAAGAUCAUCCUGCUCUGCCUGAUCCCUUGGAUCUUAAUACAGAUUAUCCAUUCGACUUUGUAUUAAAUGGAAAGAUCUGGGCAACUAGACGACCCGUUAAAAGCCCUUCAACGACCCGUUCAACGCAUACUUAA